UUGACGCAGUCCACGGGAUAUCCUACUUUGCUAACACCAGGUCGUGAAACUGUUUCAAGAAUGACUUCCAGCUCUGAUGAUGUCCAUCAAAGGUUGAACGAAUGCUCAGCCCGUUUUCACCCAAAGUACACGCUUUGGCGUCUCGAUCGGGAAACAGAAGAGGCAGCAGCAACCGACUCUGAUCGACGCUGGUCGUGUCAGCCGCUCACCUGCAAGCAGGUCAGCCGUCUUCCCCUCGAGCCCGGUCGGCGCGAGGCUGCCGUCCGUCCGGACGGAGUAGGCCAGUCGGUUGGUGUCGGCGCACGAGCCCCGAUGGCGAACCAGGCCGGACUGGGUGUAGCCGGACACGCCGGCGGCGGCGAGCACGUCAAUGAAGCCUUAGAGAAAAGGGGGAAUAGGUUAAAUGGGCUAUCGACAAUUGAGAAUGGGCAAAAUGACGGAAAAGACGGUCGAGAUUAA